GGCGCUUUGCGGGACUCCAGAGGCGAACAUGGGCUGCAGUUUGACCACCGCCUGCCUAAAGACACUUAAGAAUUAAAAUGUGUGAGAGAUCCCUGCUGAAGGUGGAACAAUGUGUCGGUUUCUCUGAAGAAUUCCCUCAUCUCCAUCCGACUCCCUGCUUGAAAAGUUAAGAGAAAGAAAGAAGAGAGAGAGAGAGAGAGAGAGAGACGGAAACUUUCAGUCCUUAGAUCCUUUGAGCGAUUCCAAGGAAUCCAAUCAGGGAGUUUCAUGCUUAAUAUUUCUCCUCUAAGGUCCAGGCUGUAAGGGGAGCAGAAGGUCUCUGAGCUCCAAUGCCAGUGGACAUGCAGCCACAUCAGGGGCUGUAUUACUAUGAGACCUCACCCAGCCAGCCCUCAAGAGGACUCGUCCCGUCGGACCAGUCUCCCUACAGCGACGUGUCUCCACUCCGAGCCCCUCUCCUCGAUGGCUCUCCUCAGGACUGCCACUCCAUGUACAAUCCCAUGUCUACCAGCAUGACUCAUGGAUCAGGUCCAGUUCAGGGAAACAGCCACUGCUUGGAUCAAUACAUGAGGCCCCCACAGGCCCCCCCACCGCACAGUAUGAUGGGCCACAGGGGCAUGCCUCCCACAGAGGGCAGCAUCAGCACCCCCUACUGUAACCAGAAUAACAUGAUGUCAUCGCAUCCAAACUUCUGCCAAGUUCAGCCCAGCUCUGAGCAGAUCGGCUCGGGUGAUGGCUCACGGUUCUCCACUCCUCGCUCCAUGUUGAAGUUGAGUAAAAAGAGAGCUCUGUCCAUCUCACCUCUAUCUGAUGCCAGUUUGGACCUGCAGACAGUCAUUCGGACUUCGCCCAACUCACUGGUGGCCUUCGUUAACUCUCGCUGUAACCCCAACGGAGCUAGCUCCUAUGGUCAUUUGUCAGUCAGCGCCAUGAGUCCAUCUCUGAGUUAUUCCAGCAACGUGAACUGCCACUCCAGACAGGGAUCCAUCUACGGGGGAAACGGGGGAACACCUCUGGGUGUUCACACACCAGGUCCCUGCCAGGCUUCUCGUUUACCUCCCCACAAUCCAAGACUCCUCGCCCCGCCGAAGCAUGGACAUCAGUUGAAAACAGAGCCAGGUCUGAUAGGCGUGAUGGACGGCAUAAAUGUGAAGAACUUGGAGGAAAGGUCGGAGGGAGAUGUAGCCAGUCCUUCUUCCACCGGCACUCAGCAGGAUCAUCUGAUCGGCCUAUUGGAUGGCAGAGACGACUUGGACAAGGAGGACGGGAAGCCAGAGCCAGAGGCCAUCUAUGAGACCAACUGUCGCUGGGAGAGCUGCAACAAGGAGUUUGACACUCAAGACCAGCUUGUUCAUCACAUCAAUAAUGAGCACAUCCAUGGAGAGAAAAAAGAGUUUGUCUGUCACUGGCAGGAGUGCUCUCGAGAGCAGAGGCCUUUCAAAGCCCAGUACAUGCUUGUGGUUCACAUGCGCAGACACACAGGAGAGAAGCCACACAAGUGCACUUUUGAAGGCUGUAAUAAGGCCUACUCUCGCCUGGAGAAUUUGAAGACCCACUUACGCUCUCACACAGGGGAGAAACCAUAUGUAUGUGAGCACGAGGGCUGCAAUAAAGCCUUUUCCAACGCUUCAGACCGGGCAAAGCACCAGAACCGAACUCAUUCCAAUGAGAAACCUUAUGUUUGUAAGAUUCCUGGUUGCACUAAAAGAUACACGGAUCCAAGCUCAUUGCGAAAGCAUGUUAAGACGGUACAUGGCCCAGAGGCCCACAUUACUAAGAAGCAUCGUGGAGACACAGGCCCUCGACCCCCUGGCUCAACUCUGACCUCUGGAGGCCAAACAUCUGAGCUGUUGCAUGAAAAAGAGGAAACAUGCAGGGAAGACUGCAAACUGUUGGCGCCUGAGACUGCUCUGAAAUCUCAGCCGAGUCCUGGGGCUCAGUCAUCUUGUAGCAGCGAACGCUCUCCACUGGGGAGCACCAACAACAACGACAGCGGUGUUGAAAUGAACCUGAAUGCAGCGGGAAGCUUGGAUGAUCUUACAGCUUUAGAAGAUGGAGGUGGAGGCGGGGGAGGAGGGGAGCCAGGAACAAUGGGAAUGUCAGCACAGGCUCUAAAGCGGCUGGAGAACCUGAAGAUUGACAAGCUAAAACAAAUUCGAAGGCCGACCCCUCCUGGACGUUGUGCAAACAACAAGCUUCCUGCCAUUCCUGGUUCAGGGGAGAAUAUGGGAAUGUGUGCACCUUCUCCACUUAACCGACGAGUGAUGGAGUUGUCCAACCAUGAGAUCGGUGUGGGAAACAUAGCAAACUCCAUGAAUGACAGGAGAGGAAGUGGCACAAGCAGUCUAAGCUCAGCGUACACAGUCAGCCGUCGCUCCUCUAUGGCAUCCCCUUACCUAUCCAGUAGACGCUCCAGCGACGUCUCACAAAUGGGAGGGGCAGCAGGGGGCGGAUGUCACCUCCUCAGUCCAGAACAAGCUGUGGGUGACCCUCUCUCACCCGAAACCUAUCGCAGAGGAGCUCCAUGUCCUGGAGGUGGAGGAUUACCAGGUCUCCCCAACUUAACACCUGCUCAGCACUACAACCUAAAGGCCAAAUAUGCUGCAGCUACUGGUGGACCCCCACCCACUCCUUUACCUAAUAUGGAGCAGCCUGGAACAACAGUUAGAAGAGGAGGACCUUUGAGUGAGUACCAGGGGCAGCCCUUACCGCCUUUCCUGCAGCAAGGAGGUCCUCGGCGUCACAGUGCCAACACAGAAUAUGGGACUGGAGUUAUCUACCCUCACCAAGCUCCAGGUAACAACACCAGGCGGGCUAGUGACCCGGUCCGAUCAGUCGCAGACCCCCAAGCUCCACCUAAACGCUUUAACAGCCUCAAUAACGUGGCAAUGAUGGGUCGCAGAAAUGCACUACAACUUCGUAGCUCUGACAGCAGUCUUUCCCGCCACAUGUACUCUCCUCGGCCACCUAGCAUCACAGAAAACGUAAUGAUGGAAGCUAUAGGUAUGGAGCCCCAUCUCAACACUGGCAAUACCAGGGAUCGUUCCAUGAUGAUGACUUCUGCAGAGAGAAAUUUGAUGGGUUACCAGCAACAGAAUCAGACAAUGGUAGGUGGAGGUCCGCUUCCAAAUCAGCUGUCCCCGAGCAUUGACUCUCUGGCUUGCCCAGACCCCGGUUACAUGCAAAGACAAUACCAAGGACAUGGAGAGGUCCUUCCCAGAGCUAGUGGGAAUCCAUUAGGACAAGUGAGACCUACACCACAAGAUGGAAUGUCAAAUACACUUCUCCAACAGGCUGAGUAUUGUAUGAGCACCUGCCAGCUGAGUCCUUCAGGCCUGCAUUACCGAGGCGUAGGUCAGGGCAGCGACAGUGGAGGUCCAUGGAGUGACAACCAAAUCCAAUCUUCAAGCCAUGCAAGUCAGAACCAGCAAACAGUGCAGUACUCAGAUUCCAGUCUGCAGCCUCAACACACCCAAGCACACUUCAACAAUCAGACAACUCUCUAUAACAAUCCCGAUGGCACUCCUAAACCUUUCAUCAAGCCCGAGCAGCAGUUUCACUCUGGUAUGGGUGGUGGAGAUGCCUGUCAGAGUGCUAAACUCCGACAGCAACAAAACCUCUUGCAGCAAACACAGGCUUACCCCCAACAGAGUAGCCAAGUCAUCAUGAGGAACUCUAGCCAUCCCAGCUGUGACUUUCAAGGGCAGAACCCAAAUUCAUAUGCCAGUGGAGGGGGCUUAAGUUUGGGCUGUGCUGGUUCAGCGCUUUCAGAGGGCCAAAGGUCAGAAACCCCAAUGAUGCAGGUCAAGGAGAUAAUGGUGAGAAAUUAUGUUCAAUCCCAGCAAGCCCUCAUGUGGGAGCAGCAACAAGAACAAGAGCAACAGAAUGGUAUGAAGCCACCUUCUCUCUCUGACAACAUGGGCUUGAGUGCUCAAACAGCAAUGAUGCAGCGCAGUCCAGAGCACCAAAAUCAGAACCCAUAUUCCAACCAGAUGUAUCCCUCUUAUCCAGAACGUAAUCUGGUCAUGAGCCCUGCUGCCCAGAGCCGAGGAUCAGCUUCUGGUACACCUAAAGAUCCGCACCUGACAGGUUUCCAAGGUACAUGCUAUAAUCAGGAAAUGGUGGUACCCAGGCCUCCUCAGGGCCGUAAGCCUCUUAGCCGCCAGAAUAGCCUGCCACAGGUAGGUGGAGGUUACCUUGGCAGCGCCCCCCACCUCAGUCCUGUCCACUCCACUUCCAGCCCAAGACGAGGGGUGCGACUUCCACCGGUCCAGCAUUCCCAACACCCCCAAAAUGAAAUGUUUUCUCCCUCAAAUAAUAACAACAACAACAUGUAUUACACGGGUCAGAUAAAUCUGCAAAUGGAGAAACAGCGGGACCUCCAGAACGGCCCUUGCCAUAACCAGGCAAACAAUAUGGGGCCAAACAUGGACCCAGUAGGUGACACAAAAUCUGCCCCUAUGGCCCCCUAUCCGGAGUCUAGUCCUAUCUCAAAUGCAUUAGAAAAUCUGGACCUGGAGAAUGCUCGCAUUGACUUUACCUCCAUCAUCGAUGAAGCUGAUUCUUCCUCGUUUAGUCCAGUCAACAAUCCCCUUCAGGGUAAUCCAGGAUCUUCCUCACAGGCUUCUUCCCGCCUCACCACCCCACAGACUUCAGUCAGCCUGGCUCCAGGAAAUGGCCUGUCCAACAUGGCUGUGGGUGACAUGACCUCCAUGCUAACCUCACUGGCUGGGGAAAAUAAGUACCUGAACACUCUGUCUUAGAGAACUCUUGGGCAGCUCAGCGUGUACUAGCUAAAGACAAGCAAUAAACACUGGCCUUGGCCCUGCAUGUGUUUUAAAGAUGAAUUCUGUCACUUUGAGAGAUUUAGAGUAAAGGUUUAGCCAGACCAGGACAACUUUAAAGUGGAGCACAUCAUAAGAUGUUUCAAAUAUUAAAAUGAUAUAAACUGCCUGUAUCUUUAAAACCAGCUGUAGCUCACUAAAAGGAAUAAAAAAAAAUGAAAUCACAUAUAAAAAAAUAUGCAAGUCACCAUCAGAAACCUUAAACCAAAGGUGCCAGCUUGUUCUUCAUUUAUGAUUUUUCCCAUGCUGCCUUGGUACGGUUCUUCUGUGCCUUAGUGUAAGACAAGAACCUGUUUUUUGAUCUGAACAUAUGAUGCUGAACAGUUUUUUUAUCAAUCAAAAAGGGCUAUGGCAACAGUGGAACCAGGAAGGAUUUAUGUAAAUAUGUUUUAUAUAUAUAUAUA